AUGCAAGUAGCGCAGAUGGCGAUGUCCAUUCCGAUUACUUCUUUCUCUAGCUUCUUCGACAACGAUUCCUCCGCUUGGUCUUCCUCCGAUUCUGACUCGGAGACCUCCCAGCACACAGCGCAGGUCCUUCCUCGCAAGCGUUUCCUCAAGGACUCCAAGGAGCGUGUGGGCGGUGCCGUCGUUCUGAGCCCCGCAUCGCUAUCGAAGCUGUUCCACAUGCGGCAGCUGGACGCAGCGAAGCACCUUGGGAUCUCGCUGACGUCACUCAAGAGCGCGUGCCGGCGCAUCGGGCUUGAUCGAUGGCCCUACGAGAGGACGUACGAGCGCAUGUCGGAGAGAGGAUGCAGGAAGGGCAGCAGGAAGGGGAGGAAGGAGUCAGCGAGGGAAUCGGGGAAGGAACUGGAAGAGACAAGAGGAGGGUACGGGGAGGCAUAUUCUUUGUUCGACGAGGCCCUGGAGCAUGUGGAAGGGGUAUCAAGGAAGAAGAACACAUACUUGAACUACGCGGAUGUGCUGAACAGUUCUUUGCAAUGA